UUAUAUAUGCCUGGGUGAAAGCAGUGGUGCAGCAACUCAAAAAUAAAUCAAAUUGUCACCACGUGACACUAAAUGUCUUUCUACCCUGGAAGUAAAAUUACCCCUGGGCCUGUAGUGUGGGUGCGGGACAGAACUAGAUUCCCUAGAUAAAUGCACUAGAUAGGACAUGACCCCCCCUCACUAUAGAGUAAGCAUGUGCACUUAUAUGAGGAACUGGGUAGAAGCAGGAAGUCAGUGUAGCAUUAGAACCUGAAAGUUAAGUCCAGAUCAGUUCUCUAUUCCACAAAAUGCAUGAACUUGUUGUUAGUCUUUCCCUCAAGGAGUUGUCACAGCGGACCAUCUGAUCCGCACACAACUGUGCAAUCGUCCCGUUUGGACCAGGCUUGGGAGCAAGGUGCAUCCAGUGGCUGUGCUUUGGGCAUUGACAGACCGACCACUCAACCACCAAUAGGAUGUAGAACAUUCUUUGCCACUUUUUAUUCUAGAAUUUCUCACAUCAUUCAGGUCAGAGGUGAAAGUUAACUAAGUAACAUAGUUUCUCUGUUACUUUACGUAAGUACAUGUUUCACGUAUCUAGACUUUACAUAAGAAGAUUUAUUAGUUGAUACCUUUUACUUACACACCUGUACUUUCUACUCCACUACAUUUCGGCAUGGUGGUCAGCAGUAAGCUCAGUGGAUAAGGCAUUGGAUUAUUCCAGGUCCUACCAAACCCCAGCACCACCAUGUUUUCACUGGUGAGCAAGGCCCUUAACACUUAGCUGCUUAAAUGUUCUUUCAGCUGUUCCUGUCAAAGGCUCACCACAGGGAAUCAUCUUUUUUUUUUUUUUUUUUUAACGCAGGAUGCCCUUUUUGACCCAACCCUCUCGUUUUAUCUAAUUUAGUGCGUUAGGUGAGAAUUGAACCCAUGCCUUCUAAAUGGCAGACGAGAAACCUACCACUGAACCACCAACAGCAUCUAAAAUAUUUGUGACUACUUUUUAAACUGUUGGAUGUUUUACAUAAUUUAGAUCAGUGGUGAAAGGCAACUAAGUGCAUUUACUAUCAAGUACAUAUUUUAUGCAUCUGUGUUUUAGUUGAGUAGAUUUAUUAGUUAAUAUUAGCUAGUUAGAGGUCACCAGAGGUGUGACGAUGCGUUAGGGAUCUGUGUAAGAUCAGUGGCUAUGGCAUUAGACUAUUGAUCGGAAAAUCCCAGGUUCAAACCCUAGCACCACAAAGUUGCAAACGGUGAUCCUGUGAGGCCCUAGGAAGAGCAAGGCCCUCGUAUAUUGAUGUAUGUCUUUUAGCUGCUCCCUAAUUAAGGGGUUGCCACAGCGGACCAUCCGAUCCGCACAACAACUUGGCACAGGAUACCCCAGGAUUCCCUUCCUGACACAAUCCUCCUUCAUCCGGGCUUGGGACCAGCACUGCCUUUAGUGGCUUGGGUUCAGUCAUUAGGGUGGGAAUUGUCUUCUGCAUGACAGGCGAGAAACCUACAGUACGGGUGAUCCACCAACGCCCAGCUGCUUAGAUGUAUAAUGAGAUAAAAUCUAAUCUAAGUCACUGUGGAUAAGGGCGUCUGCCCAACGGCAGAAAUGUUACAUAAUCAAAGUGGUAUGUGGCGUUCUCGCCACCUGCCGGAUAUUAUGCAUGAUUUUAUGUUUGAAAUUAGUGGAAACGAUGAUGUGCAGACAGUGACGACACAGCACGGUCACAGAGAGAGAGAGACUAUUACUAUUAUAACUUUAUACAGUUGAGUAAAUUUAAAGGUACUGAAGGUAGAAAUGUAAAUGGAGGACUUUUACUUGAGUGCCAUUUUACCUUGGGUAGCUCUACUUUUACUCAAGUACCGUAUUUUCAUACUUUGUCCACCUCUGAUACAAGAACCAGGAAGUCAUUUGGCCGCUACCUCUUUCCUUGUAUCAGGUAGAGCUAAUGCACUUACGCUGUGCAACCAAAGGUAUGUGGAAACCUAUCGGACAGACCUGUCUGAGCAUGUUAGACACCCACUUCCAACAACUAGGGGCUAUUCAUAUGGACUUAAUCUCACUUUGUUCUUAUAAUAAACUCCACCCUGGAAUUUGGAAUGGAUUUCUACAGGAGUUUGUAGAAAUAUCUUUCUAGGUACUCAUGUCACGUGAGUAGCCAGUUGUUCCAGUUUAUUUCCAGAGGUGUUCAGAGGGGUUGAGGUAAGGACUCUGAGCAGGCUGCUAGAGGUCCUUCAUACCGAACUGCUCAAUCAUUGUCUUAAUGGACCUCGCUUUGUCCUCAGGGGUAUUGUCGUCAUGCUCAAACAGGAAAUGCCCUACCCCCCAACAGCUGCCACUGUUUAGGAAGCAUGUAAUUGUCUUAGCAUUAACAUUACAAUAACACAAACCCAAAACGUGAUAAACAGAUAAACGAGUUCAUUAUCUAUUCUCCACCAUGCUUUAUUUUUUCGGCACUCCACAGGCUGAUCUGUGUGUUGUAUUUUCCUGGCAUCCACCAAACCCAGAUUCAUCCAUCAGGCUUCAUCGCCACGAUGGGUGUAAAAGGUAUUUAGUGCCACAAAGAGAGUAGAAAGCCAAAUAUCCGAUCAUGAAUAGUCGCUCGGUUGGAUGUGGAACCACAAAUGCCUCCUUGGUCACCACUUGCUCCUUCUGCAUACUAGAUAAUGGUAGUGCAUUUUGUAGGAGAUUUUUAGUCUUGGUCCUGUUUUUGGAUCCAAGUCUCAAAUACUUAUGGGACCUGGUGUGUAGAAGGAGUUAUUUAUUCUCCUUUAAAAUCCUUUAACAUGACUAGGAUGUAUACCCAAAUGUCCAAAUAUAACAGGCUACUAUUUUGACCUACUUUUUAGUAUAGAUGUACGUGAUUUGGGAUGGAACCCACAGGGCAGCAGCUGAAAUGACGUUCCAAUAGAGCACACUACGUAGGCUGAGGAUCCAAAAUGACUCCUGACUUCAUAUGCAGUGUCACUAUGAAGCAACAAACUGGCAGAGACGGCAUAAGUGUGUGUGUGUUCAUGUGUGUGUGAGUAUAAGUGUGAGUAGAUGGGUGCUGGGUCUAGAAAACACUCUGUUCUUGUUGACAUUCUGGCAUGUACAGUUUGUAUGAACGAGUGUCAGAGAUAAGGAAAUAUGUGUGUGGUGUUUAGUAACAAGUUGUGUGUGUAUGUGUGUGCGUGUUGUACAUGAGUAUGUCUGAGUUUUGGGCUAAGUGAAAGGGACUUGUAAACUGAAACCUCACACACAGUCUGUCACACACACACACACACACACCCUCUUUCUCACUCGUACACAUGCACACAAACAUGGAGCUUGUAUUUGCACACAUUGGACCUUGGUGGACGAAAAAAGGUCAAGGACUUGGAACUUGUCCAGUGCUGCAGAAAGCAUGUCCUCCAGCUCUGAAAAAUUGAGUCCGAUGCGGAAGUCUCGAAACAUGCAGUUCCUCAAAUGACCACUAGUUGGCUCCAAAACAGAUUGUGAGGGAAGGAGACACUAAUCAUGAUGGACAGCUGGACUUCGAGGAGUUCACGCAGUACCUGCGCGCACACGAGAAGCGUCUCCGGCUCAUGUUCAGCAGCCUGGACCGCAAUCACGACGGUGAGAUCGAUGCUGGAGAGAUCCAGCUCUCGUUACACAACGUAGGAGUGGAGGUUACGCUAGAGGAGGCAAACAAGAUCCUCCAGAGUAUGGACAAGGAUGGCACUAUGACCAUCGACUGGGUGGAGUGGCGCGACCAUUUCCUGUUUAAUCCUCUGCACAACAUGGAGGACAUCGCCCUCUACUGGAAACGCUCCUUGAUCCUGGACAUCGGCGAGCUCCUGACGGUUCCUGACGAGUUCUCGGAGAAGGAGCGGAAAUCAGGGUUUGUGUGGAGGCAGCUGAUGGCAGGCGCCAUGGCAGGAACCGUCUCCAGGACGGGCACGGCUCCUCUCGACCGACUCAAAGUCUUCCUGCAGGUUCAUGGUCAGAGUUUGGAUAAGGGCAGUGUGUGGAAGGGUCUGAGGGGGAUGGUGAAGGAGGGCGGAGUCAGAGCUCUGUGGAGAGGAAACGGAAUUAAUGUGCUCAAAAUCGCCCCGGAAACGGCCAUCAAGUUCCUCGCUUACGAACAGAUUAAGCAGCUGAUUCACGGCAGUAAAGACGGAGGAAGUCUGAAGGUUCAUGAGAGGUUCAUUGCUGGAUCAUUAGCAGGAGCCACAGCGCAGACCAUCAUUUACCCCAUGGAGGUGCUGAAGACGCGUCUGACCCUGCGUAAGACCGGGCAGUACUCGGGCAUGACGGACUGCGCUCGGCAGAUCCUGCUGAAGGAGGGAGUGCGGGCGUUUUAUAAAGGCUACAUACCCAACAUACUGGGCAUCAUCCCGUACGCGGGCAUCGACCUGGCCGUCUACGAGACCCUGAAGAACGUGUGGUUACAGAGACACAGCUCUACCUCGGCUGACCCUGGGGUCUUCGUACUGGUCGGGUGUGGUACGGUUUCCAGCACAUGUGGUCAGCUGGCAUCGUACCCGCUCGCUCUGGUCCGAACCCGCAUGCAGGCACAGGCGUCGGUGAAAGGCGCCCCUCAGCUCUCCAUGCUCGCUCUGUUCCGCAGCAUCAUGGCCCAGGAGGGCGUGGUGGGACUGUACCGCGGCAUCGCGCCUAACUUCCUCAAGGUCAUUCCCGCCGUCAGCAUCUCCUACGUGGUGUACGAACACAUGAGGAAAGUACUAGGGGUGGGAAAGUGAGUGAGUGUGAGAGAGAGAGAGAGAGAGAGAGAGAGAGAGACUGAGGAGAGUCUUUAUAUGAAAUGAUAGACAGAGUAAGAGAUGAAAGAGAAGGAAGAGUAAGUGAAAAGCUUGUUAAUGCUCUCGGUGAUGGAGAGAUGAAUUGACCAAAGAGAGGAUUUGCUCUCGAAGCCAGAGACGAUGAAAGCUCGAAUUCUACUGAACAUUCUGACUGAAAAUCAACAGGGCUACACUCGGGACAUUUUGUAAUAAAUAAAAAAAAUAAAAUAUAAAAAUCUAUUUAAUCAGUAAUAUUAAUGUAUAUUAAAUUUUAAACAUGCACAAAAAAAACCUAAUGAUGGCUGACGUUGAUGUUUUACAGAUUAUCAGCAAGACUGUGAUCUAUAAAUAUUUAGCUACGUGUUAUUUCUCUAUUUCCUUGGUGUUUAUUUGUGCUGUUGAUCAACAGGGUCCUCACAUUCAGACUCACAGGCUGUCCUCCUUGCGAGGUGACAUGAACACUAAAGUGUCUGUUAAUUCUUGGUAAUAAAAGUGUGUGUGAGUGUGUGUGUGUGCGCAAGAUACUGUAUAUAUACCGUAUAUUCUCCAGAUUAUAAAAACCUGUUGCGUCUGUUGUGUUUAAUGCAUGGAUUAGGUGCAUAUUUUAAUAAGGUUCAGCAUGCCGACCUACAGUACCAGGAGAAGUUUUCAGGCCUGACAGACGGAUUGAAGGUUUAUAUUCUGGAAAAUAUGGUGUAAAUGAGCAUGAGCUGCUUUUUUUUUAAAAUGCGUGUGAAGUUUGCAUGUAAAUGAGCAUGUGUUAUAUUUUAUAUAUAUAAUAUGUAAGAGACUAGAUCUAUUUUCUUAACUGCCGUGUGGAAGUGUGACCAUGAAACAAUGGAAAAAAGUGUUUCUGACCCCUUUUG